GGGCCGCCUCUCUUCUUUCCCGGGGCCCUGGGCGGAGAGGGAGGAAAACUUCCUGGCUAGGACUCUGGCGGUUUCUGCCAGCCAGCCCUCCGAUCCCGCCUACCAGUGUUGGCUUUUCCCGACCCCUCCCCCGGCGCCCCCAGUGUCCGCCAUGGCCAAAGCCUACGACCACCUCUUCAAGUUGCUGCUGAUCGGGGACUCGGGGGUGGGCAAGACCUGUCUGAUUAUUCGCUUUGCAGAGGACAACUUCAACAACACUUACAUCUCCACCAUCGGAAUUGAUUUCAAGAUCCGAACUGUGGAAAUAGAGGGCAAGAGGAUCAAACUGCAAGUCUGCCCCCCCACCCUCAGUGCUGCAAAAGCUAAGUUCCUAGGAAAGGACUUUCCCCCUUGGAGGCUGCUUGCUUCUAUUUCACUUUAUGAAAACUUUUGCUUCAGGGACACAGCUGGCCAAGAACGAUUCAAGACAAUAACUACCGCCUAUUACCGUGGAGCCAUGGGCAUUAUCCUAGUAUAUGACAUCACAGAUGAGAAAUCGUUCGAGAAUAUUCAGAACUGGAUGAAAAGCAUCAAAGAGAAUGCCUCUGCUGGGGUGGAGCGCCUUCUGCUGGGGAACAAGUGUGACAUGGAGGCCAAGAGGAAGGUGCUGAAAGAACAGGCUGAUAAGCUGGCUCGAGAGCAUGGAAUCCGAUUUUUUGAGACAAGUGCCAAAUCCAGUAUGAAUGUGGAUGAGGCUUUCAAUUCCCUGGCCCGUGACAUCUUGCUCAAGUCAGGAGGCCGGAGAUCGGGGAACCACAGCAAACCCUCCAGCACUGACCUGAAGCCAUCUGACAAGAAGAACACCAACAAGUGCUCCCUGGGCUGAAGGACAUUCCUUGUGGCCUCCUCACCCUGAACCUGGAGGCUAGACCUGAGGGAGUUGGGCUGAGGAUUACACUGGGGAGAAACUGGUGGGAACUAGAGGGGUAGAUGAACUGCUGAUAAGGAGAAUGAGGGGAAGGACAGGAAGGAGGAGCAGGGAAAAGGAAGGGGAAGGAAUCAAGGGUGUGAACGUUGAAAGGGGUUUGAGAAGGUGAAAGGCAGAAUAGUGGUGUCAGGUCAGGAACGACCUUGGGUUUGAGGUCAGACAUUAUGGACAUAGGCUGAUUGCUCCGUCUGGUUCAGGUUAGGGUAUGGAGAGGCUGGCUCCACACUACCCUGAAGAUUGCUCACUACAUGGUCUUUGUUAGUAUUAAAGGCCACUCUUUUGCAUGAA